AUAUAUUGUCAACCAUUGUAUGUGACAUUCAGAGAUUUAUGGAGCAGGCAUUUAAAUAUUGUGUUUUGGUUCAAGGACAUCAUAAAAAAUCAGCAUGAAUACAACUAACAGUAAAGAGGACAUCACCAGAGAAAGAAAUGAUUCAAGCAUGCAUUCAACGGUAGCAACAACUGCAGCUAUAAAUGUUGUAAACUCAAGAGAAGCUAUUAACCCAAAGGAGGCUGUAAUGCUUAAAGAGGACAAUGAUAGUGAUGAUGAUGAUGGAAAUGAAGAGAAGGUUGCAGCGCCUGAUGGUGGCUGGGGUUGGAUGGUUGUGAUUGGCUGUGCUCUCAUGCAUGUUCUGUUAGGGGGUAACAAAAGUUCCUUUAGUGUUCUAUAUUUAACAUUUGGUGACAUUUUCAAGACGGACAAAGCAGUAAUUUCUUUUAUCCAUGGUGCUAGACUUUUUGCAGCAAUGACCAUCGGGGGUCCAUUCAGUGCAAUACUGAUGAAUAGGUUUGGUGCAAGGCGUGUUGUUAUAGUAGGGGGUCUGCUCAUGAGUGUGGGGGUUAUGAUCAGUGCCUAUCCGCCACAUCUCUCAUAUCUAUUCUUCAGCUACUCACUCCUAGCAGGAUUGGGUGGCUCUUUGGUUUAUACACCAGGCCUCGUCCUAGUUGGGCAGUAUUUCAACAAGCGACGUGCAAUCGCAACUGGUAUUGCAUCAGCAGGAUCAGGACUAGGUGCCUUCUGCUUUCCACCAUUCAUCGAAUAUUUAUUGAAGAAGUACACAUACUCUGGUGCUAUGUUAAUGCUAGGUGCUGUGCAGUUAAAUAAUGUGGUUGCAGGGGCCUUAUACAGACCCCUUGAACGACAGAAAAGACCCAGAAAAUUCAUAAAAGCAACCAAAGAAGAAACCAAGGAACUUCUAGCAAUGGGAGAGCAGAAAGAUGUUGAACGAGGUCAUGAUAAGGAACCAGUAAAGCUUCAUGAACUCAAAAAGAUACGUAAGGAAAGUGGUGCUACUAUUUAUUCGUCAAGGGAGUUUGGUCUGGAGUCUGGACUAAGUGAUUCAAUGGUUGAUAUUAACCAAAGUAUGUCACCAAAACUAAAAAAGAAAACACGUAAAUACAAAAAGACUAAUGAGCCUGAAGGAAAGAGGACUUCAUGUUUUGAAUCCAUAAAAUCAUUUUGCAAUGGAAAGGAGGAAAAAAAUUCAAAAAAAUUGAUUGACUUGGAUUUAUUAAAGCAUACUGGUUUUAUGCUUUUUGGCAUAGCUAUGGGACUAAAUGUAAUGAACUACAUAUCAUCCCAGAUGCUCAUUCCGGCUCUUGCAAAGGAGAAGGGAAUUGACGAAUGGAGAGGUGCAUUCCUCGUGUCAAUCGUUGGCAUAUCCGAUGUCAUCACACGUUUUGCAUCAGGUUUCAUAAUGGACGCAAGAUACAUACGAGAUAUUCGUAGACACGUUUUUAACUUUACAAUGCUUGCUACUGGAAUAAGCUCAUUCAUGUUUCCGUUUGCACACACAUAUGAAACAUUAGUCCUCUUCAGUGUCCUCAAUGGGCUCUCGUGUGGAAUGAUGAUCGCUCAACGGGCUGUAGUAUUAGCUGAUAUGCUGGGUGUGGAUAAACUUGCAAGUUCUGUGGGGCUAAUGAAUUUAUUCAAUGGGGUUGGGGCAAUGAUAGGUCCCACAGUAGCUGGGUUACUCAAAGACAAAACAGGGAGCUAUAACUGGAGUUAUUGGUUCUGUGGUGCAUGUUCAUUUCUAGCAUCUUUCCUGUUCUUAGUUGAUCAUAUACGAACAAAGACUUCAUGUAGGAAAACUAAAUUAACCGAGGCGGGAGAUGUUAAUAGUUGAAUGUUGCUCAAAUGAUGAUAUUUUUGUAUUUAUUAAUAAUUUACUGGGGCUUUUAACUGUUGUACAACUCAUGUAAAAAUUUGUUGUGAAUAGUAUGUGUACAUGUACAUAUAUUAUUAAUGUGUGCACAUAAAAGAAUAUUGUACAUUCUUCAGGGAGAAUUUAUGUCUUCCAUUAUUACAUGUGUUAAAUCAUGUAAACACAGAUAUAUCUAAGAGACAAUAUUUUAUAAGAGACAAAUUGUUCAUCUAUAUUCCUUUUACUAUGCUAUCAUCAAUUGAUAUUAGAACUAUGCAGCUAGAAGAUGUAGAGUGAACUCUGUCCUAAUCCAAACACUCCUGGACACUGGUGAUCCGCUCGAUUACGCUCGUUACCGAAACGGUUCGGUUUGGUAACAAAAUGUUGGAAUGUUGAAGGUACGAUUUUUGUUUUUUCCUUAUUUCACGCGUUGUAGGCAGAAUCCCCA